AUGAAUGGUCAUCAAAACUUGAGGAUUAAGGUUCCAAAGUCACCGGUGGCCACAACCAUGAUGCAGAAAAACUUCCACUUGUACUUCAAAGACAAAGCCAUUGCUAGUGACAUAGAGAAUGUGAACUUAAUGGCUAAGCCAAGGACAUCACUUGGCUCAGUCUUCUCUGGUCUCUUUGGAAACAAGAGAUUUUCACUUCCUAAAUGUCCAAUUAAAGAAAAGAAAAAUGGGAAAGAGAGACGCCAUAUCGCUGCAAUGGCACUGGCGAAUGAGUUUGAACCAAAACCGGUUGUAACCGCAUUAUCUCAGCUUCUUUCAAUUGAGCGGGCAUUGGAGAAUGAUCAAAGAGGUGAAGGAAAGCAGAGCAGAAUGGACAAGCAUCGUCUGAAAAUUUUAUUGGGUUUUUUAGAGAAGAGAAAAGAGUUGAAUAGCUUCAUUGCAUCUAAAUGGAGGGUUGGUAAAAACAAUUUGUAUGGUGUUGUAGCCCGGUUUGGACAAGUUGGGAGGAAGGUUAGUUCGUGGCAUUUGUUCAAGAUUCCCUCCAAAUUUGUGGUCAUUGGCCUCAAGUUGAAAAUGAUAAGGUCUCUUGGGAAAAAGAAGGUGAGAAAGCAAUUUGAAAAUGAAAGUGGUGAUAAGGAUAAUGAGAGAGAACUGUGCAAAAAAAGGAUUCUCAUGGGACGAAGAUGCAGACCCUUGUUAUCUCCUAGCCCACGCUGCCUGGUAUAUGACGAAGACAGGUUUCUCUUGCCAAAACUUACUUCUUGA